ACUAGGUCAACAUUUAUUUUUUCAUUCGGUUCUUUCCCAACUCAGAUGUAGGCACGCAACGCUGCUACUAUGGAUCUCCGGCUCAGAAGAAGUGGCUCCCUCGAUCGCCGACCGCCAUAUGAUCUAUUUCUUCUUACCCACUCUCAAAGGUGUUUGGAUACGCUUGAACCUUAGUGAUUUACUAUCAUGGAAUAAUGGCUGAGGUUCCUUCACAGAAGUUCUAUCCCCACACGCCGCUGCCCAAUACCCUACCCCUAGCUUCCCUAAACUGACUUGGCAUACUUCGGAGCUGGAGUCUGCCUGCUGUUUUUGUGUUUGUGCAAGGCUGCUGUUUGGUGGGCCAAACGAGGAGGGGGGCUACCUUUCUCCUCAUGGGCUGACUAUGCUGGUUUUGGUGUUACUUAACGUUGGGGCCAUGGUAAAAGGAACUGGGCAGGGGCAAUCCUCUGGGAGGCAUUUAUGGCAGCGGGGCUGCACCCUCCUCACACCAUUGGCCUUGGGCCUUGGCUUCCUUUUGGGCCAAGAAUUUUGGAUGAGUCUUUACAUCUCAAGCCCGGUCUUAUGGUGGAUAUUUGCACUAAACGCCAUCCCGUCUCUGUACGGCCGAUGUUUCUCUGUCGUUUUGGUAAUGGUGUCUCCUCUGGCCUAGGGUAUGGCACUUCAAAACCGAGGGUGAACCUGAAGAUCCUAGCUUUGCUGAGGGAUAUGUUAAUGCAGUGGCAGGCAUUGACGCUAGUGACCCUUCCGUUUUGGUGUCUUGAUGAUUAGUAAAGCUCUCAAGACUUUUGGCGUGAGAUAGAGGGAGUAUUAUUUUGUUGUCUGCUUGCCCAGUAUUUUUGGAAUUUUUUAAGAGCAACACAACUAGUGAAGUACUUCAUUUGUUUAAAAAUUUGGGUCGUGUAAUUGGUGGGCUCAUUCCUUCACUACAUUUUUUCCAAUUUGUAUGUGGAUAAAUAAAUACAUAGUAUUAUU